AUGUUUUCUACACCGGUCUUGAGUCUCGUUGCUGGGCUGGGCCUAGUAUUCUCAGCCAAUGCUACGCAAUGUUCAGCGCGAGCUAAUGAGUUCGAUUUUAUCAUUGUCGGUGGCGGCACAGCUGGUAUCGCAUUAGCCACUCUCCUGAGUGAAGGCCUUCCAGAACAUUGCAUAUUGGUCAUUGAAGCCGGGCCAGAUGGACGUAACGAAGAAAGAAUCUUCAUUCCGGGUCUAAGAGGUUCUACCUUUGGCUCUGCAUACGACUGGAUUCUUCCAACCGUGCCUCAGACUGCAGCAAACAACCGGACUAUUGGCCAUAACCGGGGAAAGGUUCUCGGUGGCACUUCUGCCCUCAAUCUUCUUGUCUGGAACCGCGCUACUAUCAAAGAGUAUGAUGCUUGGGAGGAGCUGGGAAACCUAGGCUGGGGGUGGAGUGACAUGUAUCCUGCGAUGCUCAGGACGGAAAACUUUCAGCGACAGAACGGGUCGCCGCAAUAUGGCAAUGACGGCGUAGGAUAUGGUGGCCCAAUCCAGGUCGCUUUAACUGAGGAUCCACCGCCUCAUCUCCGGGCUUGCAUACCGACCUUGACUAACCUUAGAGUGAAGGAGAACUUGGAAUCAUUGAAUGGGAAUAACUUGGGCACCAUGUAUCAACCAGCAACAUAUCGUGUGUCUAGUCAUACGCGGUCGUACUCGGUGGACUAUCUCCCUAAAGCUGGUAAUAACUUGGUGUUCAUGUUCAAUAGCACUGUUCACAAGGUGCAGCUUACGAAGAGUGAGUCUAAAGCAACAGGUGUCGUCCUUUUAGACGGUACUGUUGUCAAAGCCACCAAAGAGGUCAUUCUUUCAGCUGGCAGCCUGCUGUCUCCCAAAAUACUUGAACUCUCUGGGAUUGGUCAGAAAACUGUACUAGACAGGGCCGGUAUAAAACAACUCGUCGACCUCCCUGGUGUAGGCGAGAAUCUUCAGGACCACCUCCGUAUCCAAACAACAUACGAGCUAAAGCCUGAGGUUCCUGGGGUAGACAUUCUAAAAUAUAACGCAACACGAGCAGCCAUAGAAUUGGAUCUGUGGAGGCAGAACAAAACUUCUCUCUAUCAAUACGCCGGUAGCUGCUACGGAUUCCUAAAAUGGAACGAAGCACUCAGCAGCGACGAAAAGCUGCUCCAACUCGCCAAAUCAUCCGCUAAUACAUCCAACUCCAUCGACCGAAAAAAACUCGCUCUCCUGACCGACCCAAACUCCGGAGCCCCAGAUCUCGAAGUCGUAUUUGGAGACGGCUACAUAGGAACAACUGGAUACCCAAAGAACGGAACAGCUGGAUACGGCAAGAACUACGCUACACUCCUUGCAGGCGUCCAGCAUCCGCUUGCUAGAGGAUUCGUUCACAUCAACGGCUCGGAUCCUGUGAAUAAACCACUUAUCGAUCCGAGGUAUUUGGGGACACUGUAUGAUAUCGAGGCCCUGGUAUCAGCAGCAAAGUACACGCGCAAAAUGGCAAAUACGGCACCGUUUAAAGACCUCUGGGUUUCUGAAUUUGAUCCUGGUGUAAGCACCCAGACGGAUGAGGAGUGGGAGACUUAUAUCCGGAACAACGUCUUCACAUUUUAUCACCCACUUGGUACGUGUGCGAUGCUACCGAAGAAGGAUGGCGGUGUGGUGGAUCCGCAGCUUAGAGUGUAUGGGGUCACAAAUUUGAGAGUUGUAGAUGCGAGUGUUAUCCCGAUGAUUGUUUCGGCGCAUAUUCAGAGUGCAGUAUAUGGGAUUGCGGAGAGGGCGGCUGAGAUUGUAAUUGGGGAGUAUCGAUGAGGGGGACAAGAUA